ACGCGCUGCGCGGGUAUGGAGGUCAGCGGACCCAGCUGGCUGUGGAGUCCCGAUGGCUCGGGGCCCUGCUUUGGGAGUAGGAGGUUCCGGGUUAACUUUGGCGUAGCAACUAGGGGACGCGUCUGGCUGCCGGCCUAGUCUCCAUCAGUCUGUGUACCAUCCGGGUCCCGGGCGGCCCCGCCCUUCCCCCCAGCGGGGAGGAGUCUUUCCUCCCGGACCGCAGGUGGGGCAGGUUGGCCUCCCCUCCCGGCCUCCCCUCCCCCGCCUCCUGGGUCUCCGCUGACUCCGAGAUUCUGCGGAAGCGUGAGUGCUUCUUUAAUCCCUGAAGCCCCGGGGAUAAAAAGAUUAAAAAAAAAAAAAACCCCUUCCCCUGCCCGCGGAAUUGAAUGAUCUGCCGGGGAGGUAACAGGGGGAGAACCUGAAGGUCAUCCCGUCCAAAUCCACCCUCACCCCUCGCCGAACUGAGGUUCUGAGACUUAAGCGACUUGCCCAGGGUCAUCCAGAGAAUGCAAGAGCUGGGGUUCGAACUCGCGCCGUAGGAACGCCAUCUUCAGCCCUGACCCUGAUCAUUGGUGGUCCUUUAGUUUUGAGUGCUGUGAUGCAAGUUCAACUGCUCCAAGAUCUGGCCAAAUCUCCCUACAUUUUAGCAAAACUAUACCAGUGCCAAAGUCUUCCUAGAGUUCUUCGUCCAACACUAAAACCACUAAAAUUAUUUGAAAAGACAACAUGCAGGACCCUGACAAUAAAUCGAAACUCGGGUUUAUGCUUUUCUGAAACAGCAAUUGAUGAUUUGAAAUGUUCAUUUCCUGGACACAUCAAUUGGAAAGUAUCAGCUGCAAACAUAGUAUUUCAGCUGAAGACUGUGUUCUUCAGAGUUGAAGAAAUGAAUGUUCUAUCCCAGAAAUCUUUUGGGACUUGUAGGAAAAUGAAUCACAAACUAAGACUAUUAUAUACUAAUUGGCCUAUGAAAAUAUUGAAGAGACAUUAUUCAUCUACACCAACUGGAAAACUAGAAGUUCAGCAAAUCAAGAGACCACUUAAAGCAUCAAGGACCAAGCAGCCAUCCAGAGCUAACCUUCCACUCUCAUCUGUAAAUGAGGACCUGAUGCACUGUACAGCCUUUGCAACAGCAGAUGAAUAUCAUCUUGGUAAUCUGACUCAAGAACUUGGAUCUCAUGGAUACAUAGAAAUAACCAAUUUGCCUAGAGAUGCAGCAAAUAUUUUGGUGAUUGGUGUAGAAAAUUCUGAAAAAGAACAUGAUCCUGGAACAAUCUUUUUCUUCAGGGAAGGAGCUGUUGUAUUUUGGAAUGUGGAAAAUAAAACUAUGAAACAUGUGAUGCAAAUUUUAGAAAAACAUGAAGUUCAGCCUUAUGAAAUGGCACUGGUUCACUGGGAGAAUGAAGAACUUAACUACAUAAAAGCAGAGGGCCAGUCAAAGCUUCAUAGGGGGGAAAUCAGGUUAAAUUCAGAAUUGGAUCUAGAUGAAAUCAUACUGGAGAAAUUUGCCUUUUCAAAUGCCCUAUGCCUUUCAGUGAAACUGGCUAUUUGGGAAGCGUCACUGGAUGAUUUUGUUGAGUCUAUUCAAUCAAUUCCAGAGGCUUUAAAAUCUGGAAAAAAGGUGAAACUUUCUCAUGAAGAGGUUAUGCAGAAAAUGGGAGAACUUUUCUCAUUAAGACACCGUAUAAAUUUGAGUUCGGAUUUCCUGAUGACCCCUGAUUUCUACUGGGAUAGAGAAAACUUGGAGGCACUUUAUGACAAAACAUGUCAAUUCCUUAGCAUUACUCGUAGAGUUAAGGUGAUGAAUGAGAAGCUUCAACACUGCAUGGAACUAACAGACCUAAUGAGAAAUCAUCUGAAUGAAAAGCGGGCACUCCGCCUAGAAUGGAUGAUUGUGAUUCUUAUCACCAUAGAGGUAAUGUUUGAACUUGGCAGACUAUUGUUCUAAUUAUGUGGAAAAAGAUGUGGAUAACUGAAAAAUUGUUUUACAAAAUAUACUGAAUAGUCCCAAUGACAUGUAAAUAAUAGAAAG